AUGACGACGUCGGGGGCGGUGCUGGGCCUCGCCGUGUGGCUGCUGGCGGCGGCGGGGGCGGCGGGGGCGGCCAGCCCGAGGCCGCACAUCGUGUUCAUCCUGGCCGACGACCUGGGCUGGAACGACGUGAGCUUCCACGGCUCCAACCAGAUCAUGACGCCCAACAUCGACGCGCUGGCCUACAGCGGGGUGAUCCUGCACAACUACUACGUGAUGCCCAUCUGCACGCCAUCACGCGCGGCGCUGUUGACGGGCCGCCACCCGGCGCACACAGGCAUGCAGCGGGUGCUGUACGCCCAGCAGCCGUACGGCCUGCCGCUGCGCGAGAGGCUGCUGCCGCAGUACCUGAAGGAGCUGGGCUACGCCACUCACGCGGUCGGCAAGUGGCACCUGGGCCACUUCCAGGCCGCCUACACCCCCACGAGGCGCGGCUUCGACAGCCACUUCGGCUACUGGGCGGGCCACCAGGACUACUACGACCACACGUCGCAGGAGGGGCCGGGCUACUGGGGCUACGACAUGCGGCGCGGCGUGGGCAACGUGUCGUGGUCCAGCUACGGCCGCUACUCCACGGACCUGUUCAGCGAGGAGGCGGUGCGCCUGAUCCACCAGCACGACGCCGAGACGCCGCUGUUCCUGUACCUGGCGCACCUGGCCACGCACGCCGGCAACCCCUACCAGCCGCUGCAGGCGCCCGCAGACGUCGUCGGCGGCUUCGCGCACAUCAACGACACACGCCGCCGCACCUUCGCAGGCAUGGUGGCCAAGCUGGACGAGUCGGUGGGGCUGGUGGUGACGGCGCUCAGGGCCAAGGGUAUGCUGGAGAACUCCAUCAUUGUGUUCUCCACGGACAACGGCGGGCCCACCAACGGCUACGACAACAACGUGGCGUCUAACUGGCCCCUCAAAGGAAUCAAGGACACGCCCUGGGAGGGCGGCGUGCGGGGGGUGGGGCUGGUGUGGAGCCCGCUGAUCCCCGACACCCCGCGCGUGGCUGACCACCUCAUGCACAUCCAGGACUGGCUGCCGACCCUGCUCUCGGCCGCCAACUACACUGCAGAGCUGCCGGAGGACCUGGACGGCCGCGACAUGUGGCCGGUGCUGGCGGGCAACGGGAGCGCCCCCUACAGCGACCUGCUGCUGGACCUGGACCGAGGCCGCGGCCUGGCGGCCCUCAGGAGCGGCGACUGGAAGCUGGUGCAGCGCACCACGAACAACGGCAACAACGACGGCUGGUACGGGCCGACGGGCCGCGACCCGGACCUGGAGUACGACUCGGCGCGGGUCCUGUCCAGCGCCGUGGCCGCCGCGCUGGAGAACACGUCGGCUCCGCUGGCCGCCAACCAGUCGCUGCUGCUGGAGCUGCGCGCCGCCGUCACCGUCGUCUGCAACUCGUCCGAGACCACCGAGGCGCUCGAGCACAGCCCCAACUCGCUCUACUACGACCGAGCCUUGUUCCAGGGGUCGCACUGCGAGCCGGCCGCACCCUGCCUCUUCAACGUGGCGGCCGACCCCUGCGAGCUGCAGAACCUGGCCGCGGCUCGGCCGGCGGAGGUGGCGCGCCUGCAGGCGCUGCUCGCCAACUACAACCAGAGCUACGCCGAGGCUCUGUCCCCGGGGCUCGACCCGGCCAGCAACCCCAAGUACUGGAACUACACGUGGACCAACUGGAGGGACUACCCGGCGCCCACGCUACUCGACUGAGCGCCCCACCAACCCCCCAACCCCUCUGUCACCGUGCCAACCACACCCGCUCUCGUUACUUCAUUUCAUAUUGGGAUACGUGUUCGUCGCUCUACCUAACAUUUCCUCAACUCUCAACACAAUUCAGUUCUGUGUUAAAGCAUCAAAACCCAAAUUAAAAACCUUUAUUCGCUGUUAUUACCUUGUUUGAAGGUUCUGAAACAAACAGGAUCUAGCUCCGAAAAUAAUUGACCUACCGAUUUUUUUUUAUUGAUUAUUGGUUUAAAAAAAAGAUCGGUUUAUAGUUUAAAGUAUGCCAGAUACAUCUCACUAUGAUCGAUUCUUUCACAACACGAAUUUUACGCACCGCAAACAAAUAAAUAAGCAUUUUCAAAACAUUUUGUUUCGCCAAAAAUACUUCGAAAAUUGAUGUAGAUAUUUUUUUUUUGAUGCAGAUCCUUCAUUUAUAACGCUGCAAGAAUUUUUUAGCCCUUACAUUGAAGUAUUUAUUUUUUUUCGAGUUGAUGAGUCCUGACGCACAGUGUGGCUCUGCACUGGUUUUUCCGUCACGUUAAGGCGAAGGAAAUAAACUGCAUUUGUUUUCCACAAGAGAAAAAUCCACGGUCCUGUCGGGAAUCGAACCCAGUACUUCUGCCGCACCAGCUGGAGGUCACGGCUACUGAGCUGAACGUCUUAAUGAUUUUACGCAUACGUUAAAUUAACAAAAUAUGAUUUUUUCACACAGUAAACGUUCUCAGAAAUAAUGAUUUUAGAGCCCUUUGAUCCACUUAUAAGUGAGAUAUGUACUGAAUUAAAUAAUAACUCGUAAAAAUUUAAAUGUUUUAACAAUUAAUGGAUUUUUAUUCAAAAAUACCUGGUAAUAAUUUACAUAAAUAUUUUUUUACUAAGUCAUUUAGUAAAUAUAAUGAUACCAACAACGUUUUCCACGCGUGUGUUUGUGUGUGUGUGUGUAUCAACUUUAAAGCCUGUAUACAAUGUUCUCUCUAAGUGGGUGCAAGAAUACAGAAGUAAACGCACGCGCCACAGAAUUAGUUUAAGAUUCCUGAAUGGUACGAAUAUUAUUUUAUACAUUUAGAGGUUCAUAUUUAAGUUCUGUUCAUAAAUCUUUGUCUAUAAAUGAAUCUUUUAAAAAUUUUAAUUGGCUAAAAUAAGGUUUAUAAAAAUAUAUUUGUAGGUAUAUAUGCUCUAAUUAAUCUACAAAAUUUUCAUAAAACACACACACACAAAUAUAUAUAUAUAUAUAUAUAUAUAUAUAUAUAUAUAUAUAUAUAGGAAGCAACACUGAACGACACACUAAUUUCCUAUAGUUUGUGUAACACAAUCACACCUUUUGCUGAGCGGCCCCAAUAAGCAUAAAGAAAAUAUACUGUGGAGGGAAACUUUGCAGCGUUAUGAAAUAUUCAAUAACACAGUUUGAAUCGCACUCUCCCAAAUAACAGUUUUUGUGGCAUUUAACAAAACAUUUUUCAUUUAAUUUUUCAUGUCGCUAGCAAAGCAGUAAGGAAAACGCACCAUACUGUUGCUUGAAAGUCUGGGGUAUUGCUACCCACAAUUUCCUUCAUAAUAUCUUCAAAAUCUGAGCAACGCCCUAAUCACUAAGAUAAAAAUGGGUAGUCGAAUUAUGUUCGUACUCACCAUUUCUGUCACAACAGAAGAACAUUUGUCAAACCAGCUAUUCCAUUGAAUGAUUUGAAUGAUAAGUAAUCUAGUAAAAUUACUUUCGCUACAUGAUUUAGAAAUAUUCCUUGAAUUAUCGCUAAUGAAAAUGAUUUUACUUACCAUUAUUAGAGCUUUGUGUAUAUACCACAGACAUCACUUAAGUAUAACAAAUACAAAACAAUAAAUUCAGUUGUGAUCAAAUUUAAAAAUGUACGAGGUUUUUAACAACAAAUAGAGGCCUAAAUACAGAAUAUAAAAUGCAACGCCUUGCGAUUAUGUCAUUAUUUAUGGUGGUAACAAGACCACCGUAUAAGAAAAGUAUUAUAAAUCAUUAGCACUGGCAGUUCAAAGUAGUAAAUGGUUUUAUGGACUCAAAAUAUCUUACCGAGUUCUAUCAUAUAUAAUCAAAUCUGGAAUGAUUGUACUACAUAAUCUAGUUCAAGAGGGCUUUAAAACAGAAAUGCGAAAUCAGGUAGGUAAAACUUAAAAAUCGGUUAAGAAUUCAUGAAAAAAGAAUUUUGAAGUAUAAACCAUAACUAUCAGUGCGCGGUGAUUUCCAGGUAAAAUAAACGCUGCUGUAAUUUACGAGCACGCAGCGACAACCAAACCUUUACUUACAGAAAAUGGUGGCUCGUGUCUGCUAAACUUUACGUUAACAAUUUAAAUUUUCAUGAUAGGAAACCAAAUAUCAUAGGUUUGUCCUUUUGGUUUUACAUAAUGUGUACAGUACAAAUAGAUACCACGGAUAUCGAAACCUUUUGUGAACAAUAAAAAAACUAAACAAUUUAGGCUUUUAAAAGUUAAAAAUAUGGUCUUGAUCACUAAAAAUAUUUUAUAGUUUUUGUUAGUUCAUUUAUUCAGCCUCUUUAUAUAUGCCAGGGUGAAAAAUAUUGAGCCGCUAAAUUCCCAAGAUUGUGAGAAUAUUUAAUUUACUCAUUAUACACAUUUAACCCCCAAAAAUAGUUUUACACAUUUGAGUAUUUUAAGUAAAAUAUUAUAUUUUAUUCACUGAAGUUGAAAAACACCACAUAAAAUUUUACAUUGAAAAGGUAGGCCUAUGGUAUACAAAGGUUUCAACAUCCAUGAUAAAUACAGACUGUUAGAGUUAUUAACUGUUUUCAUUAUGUAAAAAACUAUGUUUACUGUUUGUUAAUCGUAUAUAGUCUUCUAUGUAGAGUAUAAAGGUAUUUAGUGUUAUGUUAGUAUAACUGUUGUUUUCAUGGUUAGACAUUUCGGUAGGGUAAAUUUUAGAGUAUAGUAGUUGUAGGUUUCAUGUUUCGUUUACAACGUAACGAAUGUUCAAAUGAUGGUGUAUGACAAUAGGACAUAAAAACAUAUUUUAUGGAAAAGUAAAGUACGUGUAUAUGUAUUGGUAUACUGAAUAAAAUGACUGUGAUUUA